AUGGGCAGCAAGAGCGACGUCAUCGUGUCGCCCUCCAUCCUGUCUGCCAACUUUGCCAAGCUCGGGGAGCAGGUGGCGGCCAUCGACAAGGCCGGGUGCGACUGGAUCCACGUGGACGUCAUGGAUGGCCGCUUUGUGCCCAACAUCACCAUUGGCGCGCUGGUGGUGGACGCGCUGCGCCCCGUCACCGACAAGCCCCUCGACUGCCACCUCAUGAUCGUGGAGCCCGAGCUGCGCGUGGCCGACUUUGCCAAGGCCGGCGCCGACAUCAUCUCGGUGCACGCCGAGCAGUCGUCCACCAUCCACCUGCACCGCGUGGUCAACCAGAUCAAGGAGCUGGGGUGCAAGGCGGGCGUGGUGCUCAACCCGGGCACCCCGCUGGAGCAGAUUGAGUACGUGCUGCCCAUCGUGGACCUGGUGCUCAUCAUGAGCGUCAACCCCGGCUUUGGCGGCCAGAAGUUUAUCGACAGCCAGAUUGACAAGAUCGCCAAGCUCAAGGCGAUGUGCCUGGAGAAGGGGUGCAACCCGUGGAUUGAGGUGGACGGCGGCGUGACCCCCGACAACGCCUACCUCGUGAUUGAGGCGGGCGCCAACGCCAUUGUGUCCGGCAGCGGCGUGUUUGGCGCCAAGGACUACGCAGCCGCCAUCCAGGGCAUCAAGACCAGCAAGCGCCCGGCCACCGUGCACGCGUGAGCAGCCGCCCGAGGCUGUGUCGACCGAGGGGCGCGCGCCCCGCGGCCGAGGGCUGGGCGAGCUGGCCCGGCCGCGGCGGCGCCCGUCGGCCCGCGCCCGUGCCUAUUUCCAAGCUUGCGUAUUUGAUUUCCCACCAUCUGCUCACUCUGUCUGCGUCUUCCCUUGCCCUGUGCCACCCGAGAUGAGGUAUUUUUCCUUUCUGCUGCCCGCCUGUUGCCGGCGGCGCCGCCCCGCCACCUCCCCCUCCGCCCCCGCUUGCACUGCCGCUCUCCCGUUUUGCCCCGGCAGCUGUAAAUCCCUAGUUCAG